UUUUUUUUUUUUUUGGUAGGUGAGAAGGUGAAGAGUGAAAAAGCGUGCUUUUUGGUGCUUUCUCUCUAAACCUUCCUAAAAAUGCACUGCUACCUGUGGAGCGUCUUCCUCACCUUGGAUCUGGCCGCGGUGGCCUUCGCCCUGUCGACGUGCAGCACCCUCGACAUGGAUCAGUUUAUGCGCAAGAGGAUCGAAGCGAUCCGGGGGCAGAUCCUGAGCAAACUAAAACUCAACAGCCCUCCGGAAGAGUACCCGGAGCCCGAGGAGGUUCCUCCGGAGGUCAUCUCGAUCUACAACAGCACCAGGGACCUGUUGCAGGAGAAGGCGAACCACAGGGCAGCUUCUUGCGAGAAGGAGAGAAGCGACGAGGAGUAUUACGCCAAAGAGGUUUACAAAGUAGACAUGCAGCAUACUUUCCACUCCGCAAAUCUCAUCUCAACAAACCACCCCAUCCCCUAUUUUAGACGAGUGAGAUUUGAUGUCUCGGCGAUGGAAAAAAACGCUUCCAACCUGGUGAAGGCAGAAUUUAGAGUCUUUCGAUUGCAGAAUCCAAAGGCUCGUGUCUCGGAACAACGGAUAGAACUGUAUCAGGUUCUGAAAACCAAAGAUCUAACAUCACCUAUGCAGCGCUACAUUGAUAGCAAGGUAGUUAAAACCAGAGCUGAAGGCGAGUGGCUAUCUUUCGAUGUAACUGAUGCAGUACACGAGUGGCUCCACCACCGAGACAGGAAUCUUGGAUUUAAGAUAAGUUUACACUGUCCAUGUUGCACGUUCGUGCCUUCAAAUAAUUAUAUCAUCCCAAAUAAAAGUGAAGAGCUAGAGGCAAGAUUUGCAGGUAUUGAUGACUACUACACAUAUCCCAGUGGUGAGAAAUCUUUAAAGCCCAGUAGGAAAAAAAACAGUGGGAAGACCCCACAUCUUCUGCUAAUGUUAUUGCCCUCCUACAGACUUGAGUCGCAACAGUCCAGUCGGCGGAGGAAGCGUGCUCUAGAUGCUGCCUAUUGUUUUAGGAACGUGCAAGACAACUGCUGCCUGCGCCCAUUUUAUAUUGACUUCAAGAGAGAUCUGGGAUGGAAAUGGAUACAUGAACCUAAAGGAUACCAUGCAAAUUUCUGCGCAGGAGCUUGUCCUUAUUUAUGGAGCUCAGAUACUCAGCAUAGUAGAGUACUCAGCUUGUAUAACACUAUCAACCCAGAAGCCUCUGCAUCUCCAUGCUGUGUAUCCCAAGAUCUGGAGCCCCUCACCAUCUUGUAUUACAUUGGAAAAACGCCCAAAAUCGAACAACUUUCUAACAUGAUCGUAAAGUCUUGCAAAUGCAGCUAAGGGAUAUUCCGAAGCAGCACAGCAAGU